ACCAUCCAAAAUAAUUCUACUUACUUCGCAAACUUUUUCCUAAAUCUGGUCACACCGCCAACCUGUUAGCAAAUCAAAAAUCAAUAACAUUGAAUUGACGUCAACGUCGAUUUUUACAUCAAUUUAAAUUUCAAUUUGUUUUGUUCUAGGCAAGGUAAAGGUGCCGUGUGGUACUCGCUUCAGGUAAAGGGAAAGAAGAAUUAGUGAUUCAGUGCUAUUAAAAAUGUGGGAAGGAGGCUCGAACCCAAACAGACCAAUGGGCAGCAAAAAUUUGGAUAUAAAGAACCAUGAUUUGGUGUUUAAUGAGCUGAUGCAGGAGUGCAGACACAGUCCCCCGGGAGCGCGCCUCUCCAAGAAGCUUCGGGCUGGGCUCGAGAAGAUGCGGCCGGAGGAGCGGCGCGAGCUGUGCCGACGCAUGCGCGACGGCUGCGCGCCGCUGUUCGUGGCGAGCAAGCGCGGCAACGUCGAGAUCGUCGAGUACCUGAUCCACGUGUGCGCGGCCGACCUCGAGCAGCGCGGGGUGUACGAGGUGGCCGACGACCAAAUGGUGCACUCGGUGACGCCGCUGUGGUGCGCCGCGGUGGCCGGCCGGCUGGCGGUGCUGCGCGUGCUGGCGGACGCGGGCGCCGACCUGAACGCUUGCAGCGACAGCGGCUCGACGCCCGUGCGUUCCGCCUGCUUCAUGACGCGCGCCGAGGUGGUCGAGUUCCUGGUGGAGCGCGGCGCCGACAUCCACCGGCCCAACCACAACGGCGGCACGUGCCUCAUCAACUCGGUGCAGUCGCUGCGCCUGCUGAAGCUGCUGCUGCAGCACGGCGCCGACGUGAACGCGUGCGACAUGCAGCGCAAGACGGCGCUGCACUACGCCGUGCAGGAGCAGCGCGUGGAGGCGGCGCGCCUGCUGCUGCAGCACGGCGCCAACCCGCGCCUCGCCUCCUGCUCCGGCGACGACGCGCUGCGCAUCGCCUGCCUCAAGGGGGCUCCGCAGGUGGUGGCGGUGCUCAGCGCGGCGACGCACUUCUGCCCCGCGCGAGUCGCCGACGCCUACGAGCUGCUCGGCGCCACGCAGCUCGACGAGUUCAACGACUUGACCGCCACGCUCAUCUCCUGGCGCCGCGCCACAGCGAUCCGGCACGCGUACGGUCCGUACAUAGGCAAGCAGCCCCAGCGGCCCCCGCAGCCGGCGCUGGGCAACGCGCGCGAGUGGCGCACCUCGGCCGAGCUGGAGGCGCUGGCGGUCGACGUGGACGCCGUGCGCACGCAGGCCCUGCUGGUGGCCGAGCGCGUGCUGGGCCCCGCGCACAAGGACACCAUCUUCAGGCUCAUGUACCGCGGCGCGUCGUACGCGGACGCGUUCCGCUACCAGCGCUGCAUCGACCUGUGGACGUGGGCGCUGCAGAUCCGCCUCGAGAAGGACUCGCUGCUCUUCAGCGACGCGCCCACGGACACGUGCCACACGGCGAGCGCGCUGACGCGGCUGCUGCUGGACGCGCACGGCAGCCGACUGGAGCGCGCGCGCGGGCUGCCGCGGCACGUCGACGUGGUGCGCGUGUUCGCGCUGCUGGCCGAGCACCUGCCCGCGUGCCGGCGCGCGCUCGACGCGCGUCCCGUGCACAAGAAGCAGGCGGAGACGUUCGACCGCGCGCUGCGCUGCGUCACGCACCUGCUGCACCUGCUGGCGGAGACGCGCGGGGCGCAGCGCGCGGCGGUGUGCGCGCGCGUGCGUCGCCUGCUGGCCGCCGACGUGCGCAGCGCCCACACCGGCGACACGCUGCUGCACCUCGCCGUCUCGCGCCUCAACGUCAUCCGCUCCACGUACUUCGCGGACGAGGUGCCGGUGCCGCCGGUGUUCCCGUCGGUGGGCGUGGUGACGCUGCUGCUGGAGUGCGGCGCGGACCCCUGCCAGCGCAACGCGGCGCGCUCCACGCCGCUGCACGUCGCCGCCAUACCGUACAACUUCUCCACGGAGCUGGUGGAGCGGCUGCUGGAGGGCGGCGCGCACAUCGACCAGCCCAACAAGUUCGGGGACUGCGCGGGCGAGCUGAUCGCGCUCAACCGCGGCUCGCGCGUCUGCCCGCUGCGCUACACCACGCUGCGCUGCCUGGCCGCGCGCGCCGUGCUCGCCUCGCGCCGCCCCGUGCCCCGCUCCGCCCUGCCCCACACCCUGCACCGCUUCCUGCAGCUGCACCGCCCCUAG